AUGGCUGUAGCGCGGCCGCCGCGGUUGUUGUCCCUCGCGGCUCGGUUCCUUCUGGCGCCUCGACGGGACCUGGCGGUCCGCGGUCCCGACGAGCCCCUGCCCGUGGUGCGCAUCCCGCGGGCUCUGCUGCGGCGGCAGGAGCAGCGGCAGAGCCCCCCCCGGCCGGUGCUGGUGCGGCCUGGCCCGCUGCUGAUCUCGGCGCGGCGGCCGGAGUUGAACCAGCCGGCGCGCCUCACGCUGGGCCGUUGGGAGCGCGCGCCACUCGCUUCGCGUGGCUGGAAGAAUCGGCGCGCCCGCCAGGACCACUUCUCCAUCGAGCGCGCGCAACAGGAGGCGCCGGCGCUGCGGAACCUGUCAUCUGAGGACAGCUUCGCCCAUCUGGGGCUGGAGCCCCGCGUGCUGCGCGCACUGCAGGAGGCUGCUCCCGAAGUCGUUCGGCCUACAACCGUGCAGUCGAGCACCAUACCGUCACUACUCCGCGGCCGCCACAUCCUUUGCGCUGCGGAAACCGGCAGUGGUAAGACUCUCAGCUACCUGCUACCUCUGCUUCAACUGCUCUUGGGCCGGCCACGCCUGGACUCGCACCGUAUCCCUGCUCCCCGAGGCCUGGUCCUUGUGCCUUCGCGAGAAUUAGCCGAACAGGUCCAGGCCGUGGCCCAGCCUUUGGGCAGCUCCCUGGACCUCCAGGUGCGGGAGUUAGGGGGAGGCCAUGGCAUGAGUAGGAUCAAGCUGCAACUGUCCAAACAACCUCCAGCAGAUGUACUGGUGGCCACUCCGGGGGCUCUGUGGAAGGCCCUGAAAAGACAACUGAUCAGCCUGGAGCAGCUCUCCUUCUUGGUGUUGGAUGAGGCAGACACGCUGCUGGAUGAAAGCUUCCUGGAACUCGUGGACUGCAUCUUGGAGAAGAGCCAUAUAGCAGAAGGCCCAGCUGACUUAAAAGACCCUUUCAAUCCCAAAGCUCAGUUAGUGCUGGUGGGGGCCACGUUUCCCGAAGGUGUAAGCCAGCUGCUGAGUAAAGUUGCCAGCCCAGACUCUCUAACCACUGUCACCAGCUCCAAGCUCCACUGUAUCAUGCCUCAUGUCAGGCAGACAUUUAUGAGGCUGAAGGGAGCAGAGAAGGUGACUGAGUUGGUGCAGAUUCUCAAGCAGCAUGACAGAGCGUAUAGGACUGGCCCCUCAGGAACUGUUCUGGUGUUCUGUAAUAGCUCCAGCACUGUGAACUGGCUGGGAUAUAUUCUAGAUGACCACAAAAUCCAACACCUAAGGCUGCAGGGACAAAUGCCAGCCUCAAUGAGGGCAGGUAUCUUCCAGCGCUUCCAGAAGGGCUCCCGAGACAUACUUCUCUGCACAGACAUAGCUUCCCGGGGCUUGGACAGCACCCAUGUGGAGCUGGUUGUCAAUUAUGAUUUCCCCCUCACCCUGCAAGACUAUAUCCACAGAGCAGGGAGAGUGGGCCGUGUGGGCAGCGAGGUGCCAGGCACAGUCAUCAGCUUUGUGACCCAUCCCUGGGAUGUGAGUCUGGUUCAGAAGAUUGAGCUGGCAGCUCGCCGGAGGAGAAGCCUUCCAGGACUAGGGUCCUCAGUGAGAGAGCCUUUGCCCCAGCAAACCUGACUGCAGCUGGCUUAAAUGUGAUGCCAUAACAGGGAUCUUUCCCUGUGUCCUGGGUGAGUGAGCACACUUGUCAGUAGGAUGUGCUAGGCUGCCCAGUCACCUCCCUGAAGGCCUGGUGAGCUGCUGGCCAGCAUUGGAGGGUGAGCUACUGAGCAUGGCUCCCUCUAGUCUUUCACAUGAACGGUGAAAAAUAAAAUUGAUUUUGGCUUUGUAUUAUGUCAUGAUUCCUAACAAUAAAUGAUGUUUUUAUGGA